ACUCGCGAAGGGCUCUACCACCCCCCCAUCCACAAAACUUAAACCUCUCCGCCCACAUCUCCGCAUCUGGGGCUCAAGCACUGCCUCCCCCGCGCCCCAGAAAUCUGCACAUUCUUCACCAUGUCCGUUCCACUUCAGAACCGGGUAUCGGAUAGCUCCGACGGCAUCGACAGGAUAGCCGAAGAGAAGCAAAAGCUCUCCGUGAAUGCGCCACCAUCCACACGGAAGCAAGAUGCGCUGGGGCUUGACGACGCCGACCGGCAAUCCACCACAAACCGCUUCAAGACCUUCCGGUCAGCCUUCAAGUACAUUCACCACCUAACACCAAAGCAGGUCGAUGACUACAUGCACUCGUAUGUCAUCUACAACCUUGACUGGGCCGACGAAGAUGCCAUGAUCAAGGAACUUGGUCCUGACUACCAGGCCAAGGUCGGCGAGUGCUUGAAGGCUUACUACGGAAUUAUUAACCACCUCUGCGCCAUGGGCGAUGUCGAGAAGAUGUACAUUCCUCCCCACAUGGACAAGCGGGCUUCCGUCAUCGAGAAUCAGCUGCUUUAUGAGAAGGCCGUCGCACAUGCCAUUGGCAUGAAGGCCGGCGACAAGGUUCUCGACUUGGGAUGUGGCCGAGGGCGCGUGGCUGCUCAUAUGGCCAGCAUGACCGGCGCUACAGUUACCGGUCUCAACAUCGACCCUAACCAGGUCGCCCAGGCACAAGAGUUCAACAACCAGAAGGGAUUCAAGAACAACUUUGUACAACAAGACAUGAACACGCUACCACUACCCUUUGCCGACAACUCCUUUGACUGCUUCUACCAGAUCCAAGCACUGUCAUUGUGCAAGGAUCUCCCAACGCUCUUCCGUGAAGUCUACCGCGUUCUCAAGCCGGGUGCCAAGGUCUCGCUCCUCGACUGGGUUAGCCUGCCAGGCUACGACCCCAGCAACCCGGAACACCUUGCGCUCAUGAGGCGCGUGAAGCCCCUAAUCGGCGCCGUUGGCACGCCAACGCCCAAGAGCUUCGAGAAGGCCCUCGAGGAUGCUGGCUUCGUCGUCACAAAAUCCGAGAACGCGAGCAUCGACGGCUUGCAGGCACCUCUGAUUGAUCGGGUUGACAUUUACUUCCGCACCAUGCGCCAGAUCAUUCUGGGCUUGGUGAAGAUCAAAGUCCUGCCCCAGCACUUCAAGACAUUGAUCAACAGGUUAUGUCUGGAUGGGCAGGCGUUUGUGAAGAUGGAUAGGAUGCGUCUCAUUUCGACAAGUUACUGGAUUGUUGCGGAGAAGCCCCUCUAAUCGCUUGAACGACAGAUACCUGUGCACAAAAAAAAAGUAAGCAUGGCGCAUGGUGGUGAUGGUUUCGUGCAAGGUUUCGGCUUCUGAUACCGUUUGAACCUUUUGCGAUAGAUAUCCCCCCUUUCGGUUCUUUUUCUAGAAUAAUCAAUAAUGUAUGUGUGAUGGAGGAUGUUAGAUGAUAGAUAAGGAAUUGUCAUCUCUUGUACGUUUGUUACUGCAUUUUUCUUUUUGUGUUACUGCACCCUUGUCUUCAAACAAUUAGAUAUCCAUAGAACGAGGCAUUUUGUAUUGCAAUACCAAAAAUAAC